CAUUCUAUUCACAUAUUAUUUCCCCUCUGUAUCUUCCCUCCCUCAAGACGCCUCCCUUCACAUGGUGUUUUCCCCUCUGCAUCUUCACUCCAUUACCAGUUGAAUAAUCUUGAGCUUGCUGUCAAUCUUGCCAAAAACGGAAACCUUCCUGGUGCUGAGAAUUUGGAAAAGACUAAAGGAAGACUAGUUACUUAUGAAGUAUUUGAGGAAACCCACGUGAAGAAGUUGAAGGAUGGAACAAAAAUGACUUGGGUCGAGCCGCGCGCUAAGACAACCCAUGAUACUUUCAAACGAAGCUUGGAGGGGUUCAUUCAAAGUCAGCCGAUUGAUGAUCAAGGUAGGCCAAUCCAACCAUUCCAAGAGGAGAUCGUGAACAUGUGGAUUAAGGCAGCUGGUGGCGUGCAUAAGGGGAGAGUCUAUGGCCUUGGAUCAGAGUUUAGUCUCGGUCAUCGUACUUCUGGAUUGUCUAGUUCUUAUUCUUCCUCACAUUGCUCGAUUGAUCUGGAUGAGUUUGAGGAAUUGAAUAGAAAGGUAGUGAAGAUUACCGAGUUGUAUCUUCAAGAAAGGGAUGCAAGGGAAGAAGAGGCAAAGCGGAGUGUCGCGAUCCGAAUUUUCCACCCUGUGGGAUCGUGAUGGCGCCUACUCGUAGAAGCUAGGCAAGCCACACAUUUAAAAUCCACAAUACUUUUGUUUUAAAUCCAAGUUUACCAAUUAAACUAACAUGAGAUAAAUAAUUAAACAACAGCGGAAUUCAUAAUUUAGCGGAAGACUUAACGAAGUAAACCAGAAUAACAAGGAAAAUCCACAUAUGUCUCUACCCAGGA